GGCCGCCCCGGGGCGAUGGGGCUCCUCGACCGCCUGCCCCCCAUGGACCACCUCCGCUCCGAGAAGAUGUGCUUCGUGCAGCUCAUCUUCCCCGCCGAGACCGCGCGCCUCGCCGUCACCUACCUCGGCGAGGUCGGACUCAUCCAGUUCAAGGACUUGAAUGAGGAUAAGAGUCCUUUUCAGCGUAUAUUUGUCAAUCAGGUAAAGCGGUGUGCAGAAAUGUCACGGAAGCUUAAGUUUUUCAGUGAUCAGAUCAACAGGGCAGGUGUUAGAUCUUCUGUCCGGCCUGCACUACAACCUGAGAUUGAUUUGGAGGAGCUAGAGGCAAAAUUGGGUGAGCAUGAGCAUGAGCUGCUUGAGAUGAAUAGUAAUAGCGGGACAUUACAGCAGAGAUACAACGAACUUUUUGAAUUCAAGCUGGUCUUGUCAAAGGCAGGUCGCAUCCUUGCUGCUUCUCAAAAUCAUGCAACUCCAUCCGACCUGGAGCUAGAUGAACACAUAUAUGACAAGGAAGUGGAUGAGGGCAAUUCUUAUUUGCUUGAGCAGGGUAUACAAGGGGCCUCAGAGUCUGGUGUUAGGUUUGUUAGUGGGAUAGUAUUGAAGUCCAAGGCAUUGGCUUUUGAGACGAUGCUUUUCCGAUCUACGAGAGGAAAUAUGUUUUUCAAUCAAGCACCUGCAGGGGAACCUGUUACUGAUCCCAUUUCUGGUGAAGAGGUAGAGAAGACUGUUUUUGUAGUUUACUUUUCUGGAGAGCAGACUAAAGCAAUAAUUUUGAGGAUUUGUGCUUCAUUUGGAGCAAGUUGCUACCCUGUCCCAGAGGAGAUGGUCAAGCAGAGGCAAAUUUUUCGUGAGGUGUCAUCACGCCUCUCUGAUCUUGAAGUCACCUUGGAUGCUGGAAUUCAGCACAGAAACAAAGCACUUGAGUCAGUAGGCUCCCAAUUAUGGAGGUGGAUAAUCAUGGUAAAGAAGGAGAAAGCUGUUUAUGAUACACUGAACAUGCUGAACUUUGAUGUAACAAAGAAAUGCCUUGUUGGAGAAGGAUGGUGUCCAAUAUUUGCUAAAUCUCAGAUCGAGGAUGUUCUGCAGCGUGCAACACUUCACAGCAACUCACAAGUUGGAAUAAUAUUUCAUGAGAUGGACACUAUUGACUCACCACCUACAUACUUCCGAACUGAUAAAUUUACAAAUGCUUACCAGGAGAUUGUUGAUGCAUAUGGUGUUGGUCGAUAUGAAGAAAUUAAUCCAGCUGUAUAUUCUGUUAUCACAUUCCCAUUUCUUUUUGCUGUUAUGUUUGGAGAUUGGGGUCAUGGAAUAUGUUUGUUGAUUGGAGCUUUGUUUCUUAUACUUCGUGAAAAGAAACUGUCCUCUCAGAAGCUUGAUAGCUUUACGGAGAUGGCAUUUGGUGGGCGUUAUGUUAUUCUUCUGAUGGCAUUGUUCUCAAUAUACUGUGGGCUCAUAUACAACGAGUUCUUCUCAGUUCCAUUCCAUAUAUUUGGCAAAUCUGCGUAUGCAUGUCGUGACAAUUCCUGCAGUGAUGCACAUACUGCCGGUCUCAUAAAAGUUCGUGAUCCCUACCCUUUUGGAGUGGACCCAAGCUGGCGUGGAAGUCGAUCUGAGUUACCCUUUCUAAAUUCGUUGAAGAUGAAGAUGUCUAUACUGAUGGGUGUCUCCCAGAUGAAUUUGGGGAUUUUAUUGAGUUAUUUUGAUGCAAAGUUUCAUAAAAAUGCCCUUGACAUAAGGCACCAAUUUAUACCGCAGAUGAUUUUUCUGAAUAGCCUCUUUGGUUACUUAGCACUCCUAAUUCUCAUCAAGUGGUGCACGGGCUCUAAAGCCGAUCUUUAUCACGUAAUGAUAUAUAUGUUCCUUGACCCUGCUGGAGAUCUUGGAGAGAAUGAACUGUUUUGGGGCCAGAGGGGACUCCAGAUGAUUUUGCUGGUUCUGGCUCUUAUAGCUGUUCCAUGGAUGCUCUUCCCCAAGCCUUUCAUUCUGAGGAGACUUCAUAAGGAGAGAUUUCAAGGUCACAGCUAUCGCUUCCUUGGGACAUCUGAAAUGGAUCCAGAUUCUGAACCUGACUCUGCCCGUUCACGUCAUGAUGAUUUCAAUUUUGGUGAAGUUUUUGUGCACCAAAUGAUACAUUCCAUCGAGUUCGUUCUUGGGGCUGUAUCAAAUACGGCAUCAUACCUUCGACUUUGGGCCUUGAGCUUGGCACAUUCUGAGCUAUCAACAGUCUUCUACGAGAAGUUGCUUUUGCUUGCAUGGGGGUAUGAUAGUCUGAUCGUGAGAUCAGUGGGGCUUAUAGUUUUUGCCUUUGCUACUGCGUUUAUAUUGCUCGGGAUGGAAUCAUUAAGUGCCUUUCUUCAUGCAUUGCGUCUACACUGGGUUGAGUUUAUGAACAAGUUCUACCACGGGGAUGGCUACAAAUUCAAACCAUUUUCAUUUGCUCUGCUAGAAGACGACGAAGACUGAUAUACAUACCGAAUUCGGCGCGUUGGAGAGAUUAAACUUGCUCUUGAAAAUUUUGGGGCACAGUUGUGGAACUUCGUGAGAAGGAUAGGUUUUCCCCAAUACACAGCAUUUUGUCACACCACCAGACUUCUUCCCAAGCACCUA